GUUAUUGUCCAAGGGCCAUGCCAGCUCCAACAGCCUGUGGGUGUCAAGUUCCUCUUCUGUGGUCAGUCAUCUGUCUGACCUCAGCCUGGGCUUCCUGCUGGGGCUUCCUCUCAGUCCUGUGACACCAAGGCCCUGUGGCUCUGACCCCAAAGAUGCUGCCGCUGCUGCUGCUGUCCCUGCUGUGGGCAGGAUCCCAGGCUCAGUAUGGGAGAUUCCAGCUGCAAGUGGAAUCUGUGACAGUGCAGGAGGGCCUGUGCGUCCGAGUGCCCUGCAAUGUCUCCUACCCUGCACAUGGAUACACUGACUCCGACCCAGCUCACGGCUACUGGUUCCGACAAUGGGAAUAUCAGCACCAGCGUACGCUUGUGGCCACAAACAACCCAGAUCAUGAAGUGCAGGAGGCGACCCAGGGCCGAUUCCACCUCCUUGGAGACCCCCGGGUCUACGACUGCUCCCUGGACAUCAGAGACGCCAGGAGGAAGGACUCGGGGACAUACUUCUUUAGGAUAGAGAGAGGGUUUUAUGUGAAAUAUGAUUACAGAGAGAACCCACUCUCUAUGCGUGUGACAGCUCUGACACAGACACCUGAUGUCCACUUCCAGGGGACUCUAGAAUCUGGCCACCCCAAGAACAUUACCUGUGCAGUGCCAUGGGCCUGUGAGAGGGGGACGCCCCCCACCUUCUCCUGGAUCGGGGUCGCCCUCAACCCCUGGGGACCCAAGUCUCCCCACUCCUCAGUGCUCACCCUCACCCCGGGGCCCCAGGACCAUGGCACCAACCUCACCUGUCAAGUGACCUUCCCCGGAGCUGGCGUGAGCUCUGAGAGGACCAUCCAGCUCAAUGUGUCCUAUGCGCCCCAGAACCUGACCAUCAGCGUGUUCCGUAAAGAAGGCACAGGACCUGAAGCUCUGGGCAAUGGCUCAUCUCUUCCAGUCCAGGAGGGCCAGUCCCUGCGCCUGGUCUGUGUGGCCCACAGCAACCCUCCUGCCAGAAUGAGUUGGACCCGGGGGAGCCUGCCCCUGAGCCCCUCGCAGCCCUCAAACCCUGGGGUCCUGGAGCUGCCUCAGGUGGAGUUGAGAGACCAUGGGAAAUACGUCUGCCGAGCUCAGCACCUGUUGGGCUCCCUGGAAGCCUCCCUGAGCCUCUUUGUGACCAAGCCCCCACAGCUGUUCGGUCCCUCCUGCUCCUGGGAGGACAAGGGUCUGCACUGCAGCUGCUCUGCACAAGCCCAGCCAGCCCCCUCCCUGUACUGGCGGCUGAGGGAAGAACUGGUGGAGGGGAACCACAGCAACACCUCCCUCACGGUCACCUCCAGCUCCACGGGCCCUUGGGCCAACAGCUCCCUGAUCCUCAGCGGGGGACUCUGCUCCAGCCUCAAGCUCAGCUGUGAGGCCAGAAAUGCCCAUGGGAACCAGAGCACCACUGUCCUGCUGCUACCAGGGAGACCAGGACCCAGGACAGGGGCCAUUGUGGGGGCCAUCGGGGGAGCUGGUGUCACAGCCCUGCUCGCUCUCUGCUUCUGCCUCAUCUUCUUCGUGUGAGUGGUGGCCCUGGUGUGGGUACAGGCCUCCAGAGGUGGUGGUAUGGGAGGGUGGAGGGAUUCAAUGAACCUC